GCCCCCAGCCUUUCUCCGGCCUAUCGGGCGCCGCGCCCUCGUCCGCUCCGGCCUCCGCCGCGGCCCGCGGGCGCUGUUACGUGUGUUCGGCGCGCUGUGCGCUGCUGAGGUCCGCGUCUGGUACCCGCUAUCAUGCCCAAGCGGAGCUGCCCGUUCGCAGACGGAGCCCCGCUCCAACUCAAAGUCCACGUGGGCCUGAAAGAGCUGAGCCACGGCGUGUUCGCCGAGCGCUACUCACGCGAGGUCUUCGAAAGAACCAAGCAGCUCCUUUUCCAAGGGGCUCAGGCCUAUAGAGAUCACAUAUGGAGCGAAGGUUGUUCACUGAAGUCUGGUGUGGUGGGAGCCCCACAAGCUGCAAGGGGACAGAUGUUGAUUGGACCUGAUGGCCGACUGACACGGUGCCAAGCUCAGGGCUCGGAAGCUGGCCUUCCCAGGACAGCGCCCAUCGCCUGUUCAUCGUGCGUAAGAUCUGUGGAUGGGAAGGCGGUCUGCAGCCAGUGCAGGCGGGCCCUGUGUGGGCAGUGUGUAUACACCUGCUGGGGCUGCGGUGCUUUGGCCUGUGUGCUGUGUGGCCUUGCAGACUAUGCCGACGAUGGUGAGAAGACACUGUGCACCAGCUGUGCUAUGUUUGAAGCCUGAGGUGGUCACAGACAGCACAAGAUGUUCACACUAAAGAGAGAGAAGGUGGCUUUUUAUAUGUUAUGUUUUAUACCCAGUAACAAGUGAAUAAACCUCUUUAUAUUUGCACAAGGA